CCAAAAACCCCUAAAGGACAUUGACACUGCGCAACAGAGUUUCUUCUCUACACUAAAGCUUCUUCCUCUUCGGAGAGAACAUCACACCCACCACAACGUAAUAAUGGUUCGGAGCAUCAAAAACCGUAAGAAAGCCAAGAGAAAAAGCAAGGUUUCGAGGAAUGGUGUUGCAGCUUCUUCUUCUUCGAUGCCCUCAGUGCCAGCAAAGGUCUGGCGACCGGGUGUGGACAAAUUGGAAGAAGGAGAAGAGCUUCAAUGUGACCCUACUGCGUACAACUCUCUCCAUGCCUUCAAUAUUUCUUGGCCCUCUUUGAGCUUUGAUAUUGUUCGUGACACAUUAGGCUUGGUGAGGACAGAGUUUCCACACACUAUUUACUUUGUCGCGGGGACUCAGGCAGAGAAAGCUUCCUGGAAUUCCAUUGGAAUUUAUAAGAUAUCUAAUAUUUCUGGAAAGAGACGUGAACUAUUGCCCAGUAAACCAGUGACAGAUGACACUGACAUGGACUCCGAUAGCAGUGACAGUGAUGAGGAUGACGAAGGUGAGGAAAAUGGUGGAUAUAAGUUACCAGUAUGGCAGCUGCGCAAGGUAGCUCAUGAAGGAUGUGUAAAUCGUAUACGUGCCAUGCAACAAAAUCCUCAUAUAUGUGCAUCUUGGGCUGAUGGUGGCCAUGUUCAGAUUUGGGACUUCAGCUCUCAUCUCAAUACUUUAGCAGGAUCAGAACCUACAGUUAGCCCGGGAGAUUCUUCAGUUUUUAAUCAGGCUCCAUUAUUUUUGUUCAAGCAUAAGGAUGAAGGUUAUGCUUUAGACUGGAGUCCACUUGUUCCUGGAAGGCUUUUGUCUGGGGACUGUAAAAAUUUUAUUCAUUUGUGGGAGCCUUCAUCUGCCACUUCGUGGAAUGUUGAUACUGCUCCAUUUGUUGGACAUUCUGCAAGUGUCGAAGAUCUGCAGUGGAGUCCUACAGAACCUCAUGUAUUUUCCUCCUGUUCUGCGGAUGGGAAUAUCGCAAUAUGGGAUGUUCGUUCAGGGAAGUCUCCUGCAGCCUCUUUUAAGGCACACAAUGCUGAUGUGAAUGUUAUUUCAUGGAACAGACUUGCAAGCUGUAUGUUGGCAUCUGGAAGUGAUGAUGGAACAUUUUCUAUUCACGAUCUCCGAUUACUCAAGGAAGGAGAUUCUGUAGUAGCGCAUUUUGAAUACCACAAACAACCCAUCACGUCGAUAGAGUGGAGUCCACAUGAAGCCUCAACACUGGCAGUGUCAUCAGCCGACAACCAGUUGACAAUAUGGGACCUCUCUUUGGAAAAGGAUGAAGAAGAAGAAGCAGAGUUCAAAGCCAAAACCCAAGAACAAGUAAAUGCACCCGAAGAUUUACCUCCCCAACUUCUAUUUGUUCAUCAGGGGCAAAAUGACUUGAAAGAAUUACACUGGCAUGCUCAAAUUCCAGGGAUGAUUGUUUCUACUGCUGCUGAUGGUUUUAACAUUCUUAUGCCUUCAAACAUUCAAACUACCCUUCCUUCUGAUGCUGCUGCUUGAAAGUUAAAGAUAAAAUCUCCAUUACUUUCUCUACUACUAGAGCUUGGUUGUGAGGUUUACUGUUUUUGUUUUCCCUAAAAUUUUGUCCCUUCCAUUAUAGGAAUGACAACUGAUUUUUUAAGUAAUUAUUAUGUGUAUUAUAUUUUUGGUUAAAGAUUAA